UAAAUGUCAUGUAAUAAUCAGAUGCCCCUGUGUCUCAGAGGGAACUCGAAGUACCACUACUAUGGUCUUCGUAUCAAGGCCACCUCCUCUCUGCUCCGUCUGAUAGACGACCACCAGCACCUCGCCUUGAGACAGCAACCCUUCUCUCAGAAACACAGGGUAAAGCCGGUUCUGAAGGUGGAGGGCAUGUCCAAUGGGAUGUCUCUGGGGGCGGGGCAGCAGCAGGGGGCGGGGCUCAGUGACAUCUCAGCUCAAGUGCAACAAUACCAGCAGUUCCUGGACGCGUCGCGGGCGCUGCCUGAGUUCCCAGAGUUGGAUCUGCAGGACAGACCUCUUCCUGAUGGGAUCGUUCCAGAACACAUCGCAGCCUUCCAACAGCUCUACAGGGAACACUGUGAGGCCAUUCUGGAUGUGAUGGUGAACCUGCAGUUCACUCUGGUGGAGACGCUGUGGAAAACCUUCUGGAGGUUCAGCGAGAGCAUCGACGCAGACACACUCAGCGUUCAUGGUGAGUCAGAGGAGCGUCUACCUAAGUGGUACCUGGUGGUGCUGUGUGUGCCAGUUGUUCACUGGACCAGAGACUGUGACAACACACUGUACCAGACCCUGGUCCUCAUCCCUGACGUGCCCAUCCCCAGUGCCUUAACUCAAGCCAUCCGUAACUUUGCCAAGAGUCUAGAGAGCUGGCUGACAAGCGCCAUGAUGAACAUACCAGAGGAGAUGGUUCGCAUGAAGGUGAUGUGUGCGGGGGCGUUUGCCCAGACGCUGCGUCGCUACACCAGUCUAAACCACCUGGCCCAGGCAGCCAGGGCCGUCCUCCAGAACACCGCCCAGAUCAAUCAGAUGCUGAGUGACCUCAACAGAGUUGACUUCACUAACGUGCAGGAACAGGCGUCGUGGGUGUGUGGUUGUGAGGAUGCUGUGAUCCAGAGGUUGGAGCAGGACUUCAAGCAGACGUUACAACAACAUAACUCUCUGGAGCAGUGGGCUGCCUGGCUGGACGGCGUGGUCUCCCAGGUCCUAAAGCCCUACCCACACAGCCCUGCAGCCUUCCCUCAGGCUGCCAAGCUCUUCCUGCUGCGGUGGAGCUUCUACAGUUCCAUGGUGAUUAGAGACCUGACUCUGCGUAGUGCUGCCAGCUUCGGAUCCUUCCACCUGAUCAGACUGCUGUAUGAUGAGUACAUGUACUACCUGGUAGAACACAGAGUGGCCCAGGCUAAAGGAGAGACGCCCAUCGCUGUCAUGGGAGAGUUUGCCAGUGUGGGCAGGAGUCUGAACUGUCAGGACCCUGAUAAAGAUGAGGAAGAGGAUGAGGAGGAGAGUGAUGAAGAGGGGGUAGAGAUGACCGUGCCGUCUAACUCCGCUGGUCUGGGAGAGGGGGAGGAGUCCCUGGAGCCGCCCGUCAAGCUAGCCAGGACUGACCCCAGGACUGACCCCAGGACUGACCCCAGGACUGACCCCAGGACUGACCCCAGGACUGACCCCAGGACUGACCCCCGGGGACUGUUCAAUACCACACACACAGAGUGACUCACACACACCCAACACGCACGCACACUGACAACUGAACCACACGCUCUCGACUUAGCCGUUGGCUAACAUCACACACACACACACACACCCAACACGCACGCACAC